GUCCUGCUUCCAUCCCAAAGGGGUCCCACUGGAAGAGUCCCAAUGGGGGUCCUGCUUUCACCCCAAUGGGGCCCACUGGGAGAAUCCCACUGGGGGUCCCUCUUCCAUCCCAAUAGGGUCCCACUCGGAGACUCCCAAUGGGGGCUCCUGCUUCCAUCCCAAUGGGGUCCCACUGGGAGAGUCCCAAGGGGGGGGGUCCUGCUUUCACCCCAAUGGGGUCCACUGGGAGAAUCCCAAUGGGGGUCCCUCUUCCAUCCCAAAAGGGUCCCACUGGGAGAAUCCCAAGGGGGGGUUCCACUUUCACCCCAAUGGGAUCCCACUGGAACAGUCCCAAUGGGGGUCCUGCUUUCACCCCAGUGGGGUCCCACUGGGAGAAUCCCAAUGGGAUUCCCUCUUCCAUCCCAUUGGGGUCCACUGGGAUAAUCCCAAUGGGGGUCCUGCUUCCAUCCCAAUAGGGUCCCACUGGGAGAGUCCCAAGGGGGGGUCCCAAUUCCAUCCCAAUGGGGUUCCACUGGGAGAAUCCCAAUGGGGGUCCUGCUUUCACCCCAAUGGGGUCCCACUGGGAGAAUCCCAAUGGGGGUCCCUCUUCCAUCCCUUUGGGGUCCCAUUGGAAGAGUCCCAAGGAGGGGUCCCACUUCCAUCCCUUUGGGGUCCCACUGGGACAGUCCCAAUGGGGGAUCCUGCUUCCAUCCCAAUGUGGUCCCACUGUGGAGGUCCCCACUCCACCCCACUGGGUUCCCCCAUAGCGGCGCCGCCACCCCACAGGUUUUCUCGGAGUACUUCAAGGAGUUGGAGGAGGAGAGCGUUCGGGACAACUUCGUCACCGUCUACGAGCUGCUGGAUGAGCUGAUGGACUUCGGCUUCCCACAGACCACAGACAGCAAAAUCCUACAGGAGUACAUCACACAGGAGGGCACCAAGCUGGAGACGGGGAGGGGGCGCGUCCCCCCCACGGUGACCAACGCGGUGUCCUGGCGCUCCGAGGGCAUCAAAUACAAAAAGAACGAAGUCUUCAUCGACGUCGUCGAGGCCGUCAACCUGCUGGUGGGGCGGGGGGUGGGGUGAGAUUUGGGUUGGGAUU